AUGUGCGGUCACGCCGACGAGUUCUGCAGAAUCCCAACCUGCAUGAACCUCGUCGCUAACGGCGCAAUCGUCACGAAGGACUGCGGGAAAAACCCCUGCGCCUCGUACUGGCGGACCGACGACCCCUCCAAGAAGGACCUCUUUAUCGAGGGCCACCACCGCGGCGCGCGGCUCUGCAAGAUGCACGAGGGCGAGCAUCAUGCGAGGGAGUGGGAGCUGCGGAGGGUGAGGGCCGAGGUUGAGGCGAGGGCGAGAGCGAUGGCGGAUGCGGAGGCGGCGGCGGAGGUGGCGGCAGAGGCGGAGGCGGCUGCUGCGGAGGCGGCGAGGAAGGCGAAGGGGAUUUUUGGCUGGUUGCUGCGGCGUUGA